AUGCCGGCUGUGGUUCCUGGGAGAGCUCCCCUCCCCUUUGUGGCUGCUAAUGCUGCCGCUGAACAGGCCAAAAGUGAUUCUAGCCUCGACACAAGCCAGCGGACGGCGGCAGCAUCUCCACCUGCCGAAGAAAUGCUUAUUGUCAUUGUACCAUACAGAAGAAGGAGGGCCCAUCUGAGGCUCAUGCUAAGAACUGUGACCGACUACCUUGAGGGACUGCUGCAGGACCCUGGAGAACAGAAGCAGCGAGAGGGGAAGACUUGCGGGAGAACCGAUUUCUGCUUCAUCGUAGCAGAACAGCGUGAUUCGAGGCCUUUCCACAGAAGCUUGUUGCUCAAUGCUGCUUGCUUGUGGGCCGCGCAGCAGCGAGGAUGGUAUCGUGAAUAUUCCCAUCAGUCUUCUAUAGGAUCCGAUGUACCCGCGGUUGGUACGGUGAGGGUGUGUGGAGCUCCUCGCCAAAGGCAAAACGUUACCCAUAUAGGCGGAGAAAGCGGAGAGGGGCCGCUCAGGGAAAAGGGGCAGGACUCCCAAGUUGAGAUAUGCCGCAAGAUACAGACUGCACGCCGAGUGUUUGUGUGCCUGCACGACGUGGACGUGGUGCCUAGAGGAAAAGACUUCGACAAGCUGGCCAGACUAGGGAGACCCUUGUGGAAGCAUGAAUCUGUCGAUGGGUUGUGCUGGAGUGCCCCAGGCUGCUACUUCCCGGCUCCUCAAGUGGGUGUUGCGCGGCAUCUGUAUGGGGAGCCUUGGUCGUUAUCGAUGGUGGUUUGUCUGCGGCUUGAGGACGUCAUGAAAGCUGACGGCCACGACCUGCGCUAUGAGGGCUGGGGUUUUGAGGACGAGGACUUCUUGUUGCGUUUGCAAAGCGUCGGAGUUUCUGUGCAGCGAUCUGCGCUUCUUCCAGAGUUGGCCACCGAGGGUAGAGGCAGAGCAGGCUGUGUUUCUGUCAGGACCCAGGCAUGGGAUUCAGGACCCUGUUGUGCUUCAGGGUGCUGCAGCUGGACUUUCAGUAGGCGGCUCUGCAGCUGCGCACCAUUCAAGGAGUUGGACGUAUUUUCCGUUGAAAAGUUGCGAGAGGCCAUGGCGAUGAAGCUCCGCUCCCUUCAGGGAAGGCGCAACCGCUGGCUGUUCUGCAGCCUCUGGCCCUGCAAAGAGGACUCACCAGAAGGCUGUGUCCAACAGGAGGGCAGCAGCACAGAGAAACGUGGGAAAGGGUUGGCUGACGACCAGCAGAAGGCCGGAUACGGUACGGCACAACACAGACUGUGUCAAAGAGAAUUAUGCAAAAUUGCACAGAAAUGGAAAUCACACUUAGGAGCUUAUCUCUUUGUUGUGGCACUAUACAGGCUUACAAAAAACUUCUGUACUUCAACAGCUUGGGCGCCUUCAGAUUACCCUAGAGCCGUUGGCGUCCGCUCUUGCAAUAUCAGAGCCCAAGCAGGUGGAACAGCAGCAUCAAGCACAACAGCAGGGAACAGUCAAUCAGCGAGAGUGUGCUCCACCAGCGGUUCCAAUAGCUGGUCUUGCGGCAAUAGCAAGCAGGCAGGACCCAUGUCCCUUGCACCGCAAUGGGCCUUUUGUGACUCACAACGCUUCGCGCCUUGCUACGAGCUCGCCGGUGCAAUCCGCAGCAAACGCGGCUGCAUCAGCAACUGA